AUUUAUUACCAAGAUUUACUUAGAUGAUGUUGAGGGUUUUUUUUUUUUGUUAUGUUUUUUCUCCUUCUGUGUGUAUCCUUUGUUAAUAUUAAUAAAUAUUAAUAAAGGAUGUAUUUAAAAGGGUAAUUUUAUUUUGAAAUUGGAGAGAGGAAAAUUCAUGCUGCAAUAAUGUCAGAGUUUCCAGGGGAAUAUGUUGUGAAAUUGUUUGUCUAAACACAUUUUAUUUGGGGUUCAGUAUGAAUUUUCAAUAGAUGUUUUUUCAGAUAAGAAAGCAGUAAUUCAAACGCAAUUAUAUAAACAAGAAGAUCAGAGAGGAAUUAUCCUGAAGGGUAUAAAAUGAACCAAGAGCUUUUAGUCUGGGUCAUUAUACCGUCAGCUCACCAAUGCAAAGUAAGGUAGGUGUCUACACUGAAAAGGCUUUGUGAAAUGAAAUGUUCUUACUUGAAUUCUUUCUUCAUUUUCAUGAUUUUAGCCAAUACUCAAAAAUGGCAAGUGCUAAGUGAUAAUUUGCUUCAAUAGACUCCAAGAAUUCUAAUUACUGCUCCAAAAUUGUUCAAAGGUGGUGGAGCAUGACUGCAAUCUACGUGAUGUCCGUGCUUUUUGGCCUGGCAUGUGGACAAGCGAUGUCUUUUUGUUUUCCAACUGAGUAUAUGAUGCAUGUCGAAAGGAAAGAGUGUGCUUAUUGCCUAACCAUCAACACCACCAUCUGUGCUGGAUAUUGUAUGACACGGGAUAUCAAUGGCAAACUGUUUCUUCCCAAAUAUGCUCUAUCCCAAGAUGUUUGCACCUACAGAGACUUCCUGUACAAGACUGUAGAAAUACCAGGAUGCCCACACCAUGUUACUCCCUAUUUCUCUUACCCGGUAGCUCUAAGCUGUAAAUGUGGCAAGUGUAAUACUGACUAUAGCGACUGCAUACAUGAGGCCAUCAAGACAAAUGAUUGUACCAAACCCCGGAAGUCCGAUGCGGUAGGAGUUUCUAUCUAACUUCAAUAGCAAGGUCACUUGCGGUUCAGUUCAAUGUGUUUACCUGGAAUACAAUUAAUAAAAUACCAAUAUGUUUCACAA